AUGGCGGCAGAAAAAGAGAAGGCCCCGUUGCCUUUCCGCUACACUUUCAUGGCUGAUCCUGGUCAUACCGGCAAGGGCGGUGGCGCCGAUUCGUACAAUGGCAUGCUCGACUGCUUCCGGAAGAUUAUCCGCAAUGAGGGCUUCUCGAGGCUCUACCGCGGCAUUACCGCCCCCAUCCUUAUGGAAGCGCCCAAGCGUGCCACCAAGUUCGCCGCCAACGACAAGUGGGGCAAGUUCUACAGGGAGAUGUUCGGCCAGCAAACCAUGACCCAGUCCCUCUCGGUUCUGACGGGUGCUUCCGCUGGUGCUACCGAAUCUUUCGUCGUGGUCCCCUUUGAGCUCGUCAAGAUUCGCCUCCAGGACAAGGCUUCGGCUGGCAAGUACAACGGCAUGAUCGAUGUCGUUCUCAAGACGGUGCGCAACGAGGGCAUCUUGGCCAUGUACAACGGCCUCGAGUCGACGCUAUGGCGCCACAUUCUCUGGAACGCCGGUUAUUUCGGCUGCAUUUUCCAGGUCCGACAAUUGCUCCCCAAGGCCGACACGAAAGGAGGUCAAACAUUUAACGAUAUCAUUGCCGGUACCGUUGGCGGUACUGUCGGCACCAUCCUCAAUACCCCCAUGGACGUUGUGAAGAGCCGUAUUCAAAACAGCGUCAAGGUGCCCGGUCAAACUCCGAAGUACAACUGGGCCUGGCCCGCCUUGGCGACGGUCGCCAAGGAGGAAGGGUUCGCAGCUCUCUACAAGGGAUUCAUCCCCAAGGUUCUCCGACUGGGACCCGGCGGCGGUAUUCUGCUUGUUGUUUACACCGGCGUGAUGGAUUUCUUCCGCAAGAUGAGGGAUGGCCAGGCUUGA